CUUCAAUCCCGUCAUGAAUGCCUAACGGAUUUUUGGGUAUGUCAUAUCUGAUCUCACCUCGCCUCAGGUAUCACAAAGACACUCUGUUGCGAUGUAUCCAAAUCAGACCCCCUGGAGAAUUGCAUGUGAUCUUCAAGUAUCUUAGAUUUUCUUCAGCUUUGUGUUGCUUCUUGCUCAGUUUAACACUCUUUGGGGAGCUUGAAUCUUUUCGAGGAUGUUUCCGACAAAAGGGACUUCUGGUACGAGGUCCCACUUCGAAGUUGGAAAACCCCAAUCGUAUCCGUGGAUUUGUAGAACGCGUCAUCCAUCAGCCAAUCAGCGACUGCUGAAUGGCCUAAGCUAGAGUAAUUAGGAUUAGCGCAUCCGAUGGAGUUAGCG